AUGGACGGCGCCGCCAACUGGCGCCCCACGCAUGGGGACGGCCUUGCCGCCAUCGCUGACGCCGGUGGCGUCGACCCUAGCGCGGCUGCCCCGGCCGGAGGCGACUGGCGCACCCAGCUUCAGCCCGAGGAGCGCAACAGGAUCGUCAAUAAGAUAAUGGAGACUCUGAAGCAGCAUCUGCCAGUAUCAGUGCCAGAGGGGCUGCUGGGUGAGCUUCACAAAAUUGCCGUGCAAUUUGAAGAGAAAAUCUAUACUGCAGCCAUCAACCAGUCUGAUUAUUUGCGGAAGAUUUCUCUGAAAAUGCUGUCCAUGGAAAUUCCGACAAAGACCCAACAGAACGCUGGAAAUGCUCAAGUGAUUCCAAAUCAAAACCCUCUUGGUCCAGGUCUUGCCAACCAUAAAUGA